AUGACAUCGAAUGGAUUGCCCGUGCCCGCUCAGAACAGCAACUACAUGGAAAAUGGCCGUUGGUAUCAUGGCUUCCGGAGAGGGCUCUACAUGUAUCCAUGCGACGAGCCAGAAAAGGAUCGCAUGGACAUCUACCACCAGUUUUUCGCCGUAGCACGGAGAGGCCAGCUGCAUCAGGCUCCCGUGCCCUCAGAGCCACAUCUGCAGCCCCGCAUCCUCGACGUAGGUUGUGGGACGGGCAUCUGGGCAAUUGACAUGGCCGACAAGUACCUAAACGCCGAGGUCCUAGGAUUAGAUCUGGUCAACAUCCAGCCCGAGAAAAUCCCCCCGAAUCUGCGGUUCCGUGUACCACGCGAUUACGAGAGCCCCUGGACGCUGGGCGAGGAUUCGUGGGAUCUGAUCCAUCUACGAAUGGCUUGCGGCAGCGUCGAGAGUUGGCCAGAGCUGUACCAAAAAAUAUACACUCACCUCAAACCAGGCACGGGCUGGAUAGAGCACAUUGAAAUCGACAUGGAGCCCCGCUGCGACGAUUACACACUUCCUCCCGACAGCAUGCUCCGCAAGUGGUAUGGUUGGCUGGCCGAUGCCACGCAACGAGCUUUCCGUCCCAUCGCAUACGAACAUCGCACUCGGCAGCUCCUGCAGGCCGCCGGCUUCAUUGAUAUCCAGGAGACUGUGAUUCGCGUGCCCUACAACACAUGGCCCAAUGACCCGCACCAGAAGGAUAUUGGCAGGUGGUACAACCUGGGCUUGACCGAGGGCCUGGAGGCGCUAACCUUUGCACCUCUGACCAGAGUCUACCAUUGGGACCUCAAUGCCCACGUACGGCCAAUCGUCGAGGGCGUGCGCAGGGAGCUCUGCAACCGGAAAAUCCAUGCGUACAACAACAUCCACAUUUGGACUGCCCGUCGUCCUCAGCAAUAG